UUUGAUCCUUAUUACUCUGUUCCUCCCCUUGUUUAAGAGAUCACUUAUCUCCUGAUAAGACAGACUGAACCGUAGGGAUCUUGCACAUGCUUAGUUUGGUGUGUAUUGCUAGAGAGAUUGCAUGUGGUCAGCUCUGGCCAGACAGAGGUCAGGGGUUCUGUAUCCUCCUAGAGCAAAAAGAAAAUUCUUCCAACAAGCUUUAGCUAGUGCUGGGCUGGACACUGAUAGAAGUCACAAGACUGCUCUAACUGCUGAUGAGAAAAGGUAUUUAGCAGUUUUAUAUUUACUA